AAUUUGGCAUAAUUAGCGCUACUUUUAAGACAAAUAUCUCGAGAACGGAUAAAGAUUUUUGAAAAAAAUAAAAAGAUUUUAGACAACUUCAAAGAUCUUUCGUAUCAGCUCAACUUGAUUUUUAGCUGGAGUGUCAACAAAAUGGUGCAAUUAACUGACAAACCUGAAUUCAAAGAAUUGCAAUCACAUUAUGAAAAAGCAAAGACAUGGCAUAUGAGAAAGUUAUUUAGUGAAGAUGGCAGCAGAUUUUCUAAAUUCAGCUCCAAUUUAUCAACACAAGAGGGUAAUGUGUUAUUAGAUUACUCAAAAAAUGUUAUUAACGAAGAAACGUUUUCUUUACUAAUUAAUUUGGCCAGGUCUUGCAAUGUUGAAAGCAUGCGUGAUAAAAUGUUUUCUGGUGAACGCAUUAACAUUACAGAGGAUCGAGCAGUACUACAUAUUGCACUUAGAAAUCGAUCUAAUAGUCCUAUCUUGGUGGAUGGAAAAGAUGUAAUGGGUGAUGUCAAUCAAGUUUUAGAACAGAUAAAAGCAUUUACUAAUGAUGUGCGCAGUGGAAAAUGGGUUGGAUAUACUGGCAAAGCAAUCAAAGAUGUCGUGAAUAUUGGUAUUGGUGGUUCAGACUUGGGUCCACAAAUGGUAGUAAAUGCCCUUCAACCGUAUGCAGAUGGACCAAAAGUUCAUUUUGUUUCCAACAUUGAUGGUACCCACAUGGCUGAAACACUAAAGUCGGUUUGUCCUGAAACUACCUUAUUCGUAGUUGCAUCUAAGACUUUCACCACUAUUGAGACGAUAACUAAUGCAAAGACAGCUAGAGCUUGGUUACUGAAAGCUUCUGGUGAUAAAUCAUCCGUAGCCAAACAUUUUAUUGCGUUAUCAACAAACAAGGAGAAAGUAGGCGAAUUUGGAAUUGACACAAAGAACAUGUUUGCUUUUUGGGAUUGGGUAGGAGGUCGUUAUUCGUUAUGGUCUGCUAUUGGUAUGGGGAUAGUACUGGCUAUAGGGAUGGAUAACUUCGAAAGAAUGUUGGAUGGUGCACAUUUCAUGGAUAACCAUUUCAAAUCAGCUCCAAUGGAACAAAAUCUUCCAGUCAUUCUUGGUGUACUGGGUGUAUGGUACAAUAAUUUCUUCAAUUCACAAACUCACGCCAUCCUCCCAUAUGAUCAGUAUAUGAACCGUUUUGCAGCUUAUUUCCAACAGGGUGAUAUGGAAUCCAAUGGUAAAAGCGUCAGCCGAGAUGGAGAGUUCGUGAAGUACAGUACUGGACCUGUUAUAUGGGGUGAACCUGGUACGAACGGACAACAUGCUUUCUACCAACUCAUCCAUCAAGGUCGAAAAAUCAUACCUUGUGACUUUUUGCUGCCUGUUGAAACACACAAUCCCAUUGCGGACGGAGUACAUCAUGAGAUUUUGACAGCUAACUUUUUGGCUCAAACUGAAGCUUUGAUGAAAGGAAAGACUUCAGACGAAGCUCGUGCAGAAUUAGAGAAAGCUGGUAAAAGCAAAGAGGAGAUUGCCAAGUUGUUGGCUCACAAGCAAUUUGAAGGCAACCGUCCAACCAACUCAAUUGUGUUUCCAAAGUUGACUCCAUUUAUGCUUGGCAUGUUAGUGGCAUUAUAUGAACACAAAAUCUUCGUGCAAGGCAUAAUUUGGAACAUUAAUUCCUACGAUCAAUGGGGAGUUGAGCUUGGCAAACAGCUGGCUACUGUCAUACAGAAAGAAUUGCAAUCCACUGAACCUUCCACAAACCACGAUUGUUCAACAAAUGCACUCAUUAAUUACAUGAAAGCAAACAAGAAAUAGAGAAUUUGCUGCCGGUCGUUAGAACAGCGGUGUUGGAUAUUUAACUGUACGAAUUUAUUCAGCAGACGCCAUAAAAACAUUUAUUUAUAAUAAAACUAAACAUGGACUUGAUGUUUAUAUAUUUUAUUAGAUUUAUUUUCUUAGAAAAUUAGAAAAUUUUGUAAUCUUUAUUUACCUGUAGAUGCACAAUUAAUUUACUCGAUUCAUAAAACGCAAAAAAUAUAUACCAAAGUAAUAGAAA